GACCUCCACGCCCUGUCCCUGCAGUUCCUCCAGUUACUCAUUAAUCACUCGCAAUAAACACAACUAACAGAUCAUUACAAUAAACCAUAAAGCGUUACAUAAAACACUCAAAAAAUGAUUUCUUAAUAUGUUCCCUUCAACGCGUUUAAGUUCAUGGAGCUUAAAAUGAUUGACCUGGAUUCAGCGGCUGAGUCCAGUCUCAUUGUAAAUAAUUACCUAACCUGGUGUGAAGUUUAAAGACAAAGGUGAAAUUAGUUUGGCUGACCACACACACACACACACACACACAGACAGACAGAUCUUACACCAAAGGUAGGUUAAACAUGAAGGCUGCUUUAAUAUAACUGGCUGUGUGUGACUUCUUCACGUCAGGUCAUGGAUUUUCUGCAAACAUUCACAGCAAUAUUCUCCUGUGUAAUUCCCCUUACUGUGAAAAGCCUGAGUGGCUUUGGCACAUUAACACAGUGUUGUUGUGCAGCUGUGCGGAGCCGAAGGCGAGGACGGUCCAUAGUACAGCCUGUAAGAGCAAUGCACACAUCCGGCGUAUAUCUAUAAGUCCACCGUUUGACCAUAACACUCAGGUUCUAAGCUUCACAUCGCCACCUAGCGGCUAACGAGUAUAAUGCAACUGUAGGAUUGUGUAGGACUUGAGGCCAAACAGACUCACAGGAGUCAGCACCUACAGUAGGAAGACACAACAAUAGUUUUCCUAGUGUACGGUUUGAUUUCAGUGUCACUCACGCGCACAAAGUCUCUUUGUAGGAAAUGUCCUCUGUAACAAGGGUCUCAUUCAUGCGUUCUAAUUCCCUUCCCUCCUCACCCUCUCUCCCUCUCUUCCUCUGAGAAGCCAGGUCCAAAGCGAGAGGGUUCCCCAGAGGAAACUGGAGAAGUCCGAGUGUGACGCGAGCCGGCCGGGUGCAGGUCCUGACAGCCUCCCAUUCAUCGGCCCAGCGGUCCAGAGCACGGUUGGGAUCCUCCUCUGCGUCACGGUGACGCAGUGAUGAGUGUUGUGUCUGGUGGAAUAAGAGCACGAUGUCAUUGGAGCGCUGCCACUGUGCUGCCCUGGUUCUGGUGUGGGUUGCGCUGGUGAAACCUGAGCCCCGCUGUGAUCGCGCAGAGUUCUUAGGCGCUAACGGCACGUGCGCCGCGUGUCCCGUGUGCGGCCCCGGGGAGCAGCUCUCAGAGGACUGCGGCUUCGGCGACGGCGGCGGCGGCGCGUGCGUGGCGUGCGCCGAGGGCCGCUUCAGCGCGGACACAGGCGUGGCGCCCUGCAGGAGGUGCACGCGCUGCCGGCUGCUGAACCGCCUGCAGAGGAGCGCGUGCGUGCCCAGCGGCGACGCCCAGUGCGGACCGUGCCUUCCGGGGUACUAUGAGCUCAGGAGCAUAACCGGGGAGGUGGAGCUGCCCUGCGUGCCCUGUUACAGCCGCGACACGGUGCACAAAGCGUGUUUGACGGCUCCAGGCUCUCACACAGGGAGGAGUGAGGCCGAGCAGGGAGUUUCCAAAGAGCCCGGAGACAACAAGGUAAAAGAAGAACCGCUCUCGAUGGUUCUGAUCGGCCCAGCGACCGCCUCCUCGCUCUUCUUCGUCGCGCUGCUGCUUUGGCUUUUCCUCUGGACCUCGGAGACGUUCAAGCAGGCUCCUGAUUAUGGCCCCGGGUCCGAGGGGCCGCUCCCGCCAGCAGGUGAUCUGAUCACACGUCCGUCCGACCACGCGGAGGCGGCAGAGGUCGCUUCAAUGACGCCUCCCUCUGCAGCAGAGCCUCCAAGGGGCGCGCACUCACCGAGCCACGAUAAUGAGGUGCUCCCUACUUCUAUUGUGAUUAAUGUCACCACCAACAUCAAGCCCUCCGCUCAGAGUGAGGAGAAGGAGGAGGAGGAGGAGCAACAAUGCUGCCGCAAGACCACAGAGGAGAUGGAGCAACAGCUGCAGACAAUAUGGGAGGUGGCGCAAGGUCAAAGCGUUGAGGCGCUCGGCUACGACUCAGUGCAGGAUCUGUCCCUGCUGCUCGACUCCGCCGACAACAGGCCCGUGCUGAGGAGACUGGGGCAGUCGCUGGGGGUCCCUCCUCGGGUCAUCGCUCACCUCCGAGGCUUCCAGGAUCUCUUCCAGUACCUGCGCACCUCCACGUACACGCUGCUGCCACACGUGGCCCAGGCUGCUGCUCUCCUGCCCAGCCCCGAAGUCGUAGCUAAGAUACACCACGCUGUGGUGAACAGAGACCGCACGUCCUAAUGGUGUGGGCAAAACUCUGAUGGAUUCUAGCCCAGUUUUCUUGAUAUAUAUUGGUGAAACAGAGACAUUCUGUAUGAUAAAAUUGAAUUAUUUUGAAGUAAACGUGAGCUGUGAGUAACAACUAAAUUACUUUUAAAGCAUUGUGUGAAUAAAUCAAUCAUUUUCA